AUGAAAACAGGCAACCCCCUCCCCCUCCCCGGCCCCUGGCCCUGGUACGCCGACCCCGAAGCCCACCUCUUCCCGCACACGGGCCCAGCAACCCAGCCCCAGACCCAGAACUACUGGAUCUACCCCACCUACAGCGCCGCCUACGAGCAACAAACCUUCUUCGACGCCUUCAGCUCCCCCGACCUAAUCACGUGGACCAAGCACCCCACCGUCCUCAACAUCACGCAGAUCCCCUGGUCCACGAACCGCGCGGCGUGGGCGCCGUCCGUUGCCAGACGACCCAUCACGGCGAACAAGCAACGUGGAAACAAGCAACGUGGAAACAACCCCAGCGCAAACACCCCCCGUCCAGCAUCAGGACCAACCCCCGAGGAUGAAUCCGAAUACGAGUACUACAUGUACUUCUCCACCGGCGACGGCACGGGCAUCGGGGUCGCCAAAUCCACCACCAACUCGCCGGCGGGGCCGUUCGCGGACGUCCUUGGAAAGCCCCUGGUGAAUGGCACGGUGAUGGGCGCGGAGGCGAUCGAUGCGCAGGUUUUUGUGGAUUAUCCUUCCAGUCAAGCCUGGCGUCAGGAUUCCGGAGUGGGCGACGGGGACGGAGACAACGGCAGCGACACCACACCCCGCGUCUGGCUGUAUUUCGGGGGCUGGGGCCACGCGGUUGUGGUGGAGCUGGAUGCGGAGAGUAUGACCGCCCUGAAGGGGGGGUUUGUGGAGAUCACCCCGCCCGAUUAUGUGGAGGGGCCGUGGGUGUUGAAGCGCCAGGGGGUUUAUUAUUUUAUGUAUUCGGUGGGGGGCUGGGGUGACAACUCCUACGGCGUCAGCUACGUGACGGGUCCCUCGCCGACGGGGCCGUUUACCUCCACCCCCACCAAGAUCCUGCAGGGCAACGACAAGAUCGGAACGAGUACCGGCCAUCAUAGUGUGUUGACGAUCGGCGAGGAGUACUAUAUCGUCUAUCACCGACGGUAUCCCAACGAUACGGCGCGGGAUCAUCGUGUCGUGUGUAUCGAUCGCAUGGAGUUCGACGCGCAGGGGAAUAUCCUGCCUGUGAAUAUCACGCUGGAGGGGGUGGAUGCUAGGCCUUUGUGA